AUGCAAAUGCCGCUGCUGAGAUCCAUAAACGAAGGAAGAGGAUCGGGUAUAAAACCGCCGCUCGUUUAUUCUAUAAUCACAGUUAUACAUCGUCUGUUAACUUUGACACACAAGAUGAAAUCCUUUGUAGCUCUUCUUGCCGUCGUGGCCGUAGUUGCCGCUGAUGUCUCCCACUUGGCGCGCAACCCUGAAGCUGAUGCCCAGAUCGUAAGGCAGGAUGCUGAUGUCUUACCUGACCAGUACAAGUACGCUUAUGAAACCAGCAACGGUAUUGCGGCCGAAGAAGUCGGAGUCCUUAAGAACGUCGGCACUGAGGGUGAAGCCCUUUCCGUCCAGGGUAGUAACUCCUACACCGCCCCCAACGGUCAGGUCAUCCGUUUGGUCUACACUUCUGAUGAAUUCGGAUACCAGCCCCAGGGUGAACAUCUCCCCACUCCUCCCGCCCCCCAGCCCAUCCCUGAGUACAUCGAAAGGGCUCUUGAGUACAUCAGGACCCACCCCCCCAAGGUAGAGCCCAGUGGUAGGCUUUAAGUUAACCUUUAGAAAAUAAUACGUAAAAAAUACAAUUCUAAACACUGCCAAUCUUUCACCUCUAGUCGCAAUAUGUUUGUAAAUUUCAAAAAAUAAAAGGAUUUCUUGUUAAACAGCCA